AUGGCCGACACAGCUCCCAAGCCCCUCAAGCAGCACCGCGGCAACUGCCACUGCGGCGCCUACGUCUACGAGGUCAAGCUGCCCGACCCCAUCGCCGCCUCCGAGUGCAACUGCAGCGUGUGCGUCCGGAAGGGCUACGUCUGGGUCCGGCUGACCCCGGAGUCCGACUUCAAGGUCGUCAAGGGCGACGACGGCGCCCUGACCAAGUACUCCAAGAACAACGUCUUCUUCCACAAGUUCUGCACAAACUGCAGCACGCCCCUCAUGGCCUCCAACGACAAGGAGGGCAGCGACAACAUGACCGUUCUCAACGUGAGUGGAGACCAACGCAAUGCCUGCCUGGUAGACCCAGCAUAUUCGCUGACCUCUGUCACCCUCAAGAUCCGCGCAAUUCAAGGGCCUCUUGAUGUCUGGAACAUGGAGAAGCCGGUGUAA